CGUGUGUCGCCGGCACCAGUGGAGUUGUGUGCGCGGCGCACCACGCAGCCUGGAGAGCUCCUCACAUGACAGCUCAGUGAAAACAAGCGGAACAGCAGGCGGAUCUUCUACGCAGUGGCUUUUCUCCCCCCACCUUAUCAAAAAGGAUUUACUUCUUUAUCGAUUUUUACCUGGUUUGAUCGAUAAUGCCAGCUGACACUAUGGAAAAGCAGACGGCAUCUCCUAUAGCGGGAGCUCCUGCAAACGGAUCGCACACACCUGACAAGCCCAAAAAUGCCAGCGAGCAUAGAAAGUCGUCCAAACCCAUUAUGGAAAAACGCAGGAGAGCAAGAAUAAACGAGAGCCUUUUGCAGCUCAAGACUCUCAUCCUGGAUGCACUAAAGAAAGAUAGCUCCAGACACUCCAAGUUGGAAAAAGCAGACAUCCUGGAGAUGACAGUGAAGCACUUGAGGAACCUGCAGCGCGUGCAGAUGAGCGCAGCGCUCUCAGCAGAUGCCACGGUCUUGAGUAAAUACAGAGCAGGAUUCAAUGAGUGCACGAACGAGGUCACCCGCUUCCUGUCCACCUCAGAAGGGGUGAGCGUGGAGGUGAGAUCGAGGCUCCUCAACCACCUGUCCAGCUGCAUGAGUCAAAUGAUGCCCGUCAGCUACUCACAGCAGGCCCCGUCCCAGCAGGCGCACCUGGCCCAGCCUGUCCAUGUGCAGCUGCCAUCCUCUCUGCCCAUCAGCGGCGCAGCAAUGAGCUCCAAACUCAGUCCUGCAGAGGCCGUGUCCCCUAAGGUCUUCAGCGGGUUCCAGUUGGUGCCUGCAACUGAUGGACAGUUCGCUUUCUUGAUCCCCAACCCCGCCUUCGCCUCCACCACAGCUCCUGUCAUCCCUCUUUACGCCAACGCGGGAAUGCCUGUCGCUGUGAACGCCAGUCCGGUGCACGGCAGUUCCGCACCGACCGCAUCAUCUCCAGUCCACGGGAUGACGUCCUUCUCAGGGGUGUCCCAAGCGGUUAGUCCUGUGGUAGUGAGCAUAGGUUCCGACAGCGACCCAGUGUGGCGGCCUUGGUAGCCCAAAGAGCUGCAGAGACUCAUUUAAAACCCGUUUGCAUUACUCUUUCCGGUUUAAACUUUAACUGCACACAGAACUGUUGCGGGCCUCGAACCUGUGACUUUUCCUACUGGAUGACCACUCUGUCCCACUCCCCAAUAGCCCAAUAGCGCUGAAUGUUUCGUUUUAUGGAACAGAUGUUGCUUUAAAUAGCGCGUGUUUGGUUCAUUUUUGUUUAUAAUUUAUUGUUGAUUCCAACAUUUGGAUGUCGGUGAUAAAGACACAGAUGGAAGAUUUAUAGAAACAUUUGCUAUGAAGUACUUUUUAUGAAAAGGUUUAGUGUUGUACAAAGGUGAUUGUUAUACCAAAGCUGUGUUUUAUACUCUGUAUUGUUUUGUGUUAUAAAAAGAAAAAAACUGAAGUCAGGUGGCGAGGCAGUGUUUUAAUAAAAGAUAUUUCUGAAA